UGCCCGAAGAUAGGCAACUAACAAUUCGCAUAGGAAGGUCAAAUAUAGUUGAACAUACUUUAAUCCAGACCUAAUUUACACAAAAAACUCUAGAUACACGUAGAAAUUAUCAACUUUAAAUUGACACAAUCAUUUUGCUAAGUGGUUUCUGUAGGAAAGUAGUGUGUGAUAGUGUUUAAAUACGAAAAUGCUUUUGAGAACUGGUAGAUAUCUGGUUUCAACGUUGCAGACAAGAAACGCCAGCAAUGUAUCGUUCAUUGGACUGGGUCAAAUGGGCAACAGAAUGGUAAAAAAUCUUACCAGCAAAGGUCAAGAGGUCAAAGUAUUCGAUAUACUACCGGCAGCUCUUAACAGUGCAGCCAAUUUAAAAGGUGCCAAGUUGUGUAAUUCAGCAGAAGAAGCUGCUAAAGACUCUAAUAUCGUUAUUACAAUGUUACCUACUGGAGAUAUAGUCAAAGAAACCCUACUUGCAGAAAAUGGUAUUUUAAAAGGUAUUCCAAAAAAAUCGCUCUUCAUAGACUGCUCAACUAUAGAACCGAAAAUGGCACAAGAACUUUCAAAAAUAUCCAAGGAAAACAAUAUCAGAUAUAUCGAUGCUCCUGUAUCAGGAGGUGUCACUGGGGCGGAAGCGGGAACUUUAACGUUCAUGAUUGGAGGUGAUCCAAACGAUAUGAAAGAAGCAGAACCAGUGCUCAAUAAGAUGGGCGGAAAGAUUUUCCAUUGUGGUAAUAUCGGUGCAGGUCAAAUUGCAAAACUUUGCAAUAACUUGAUUUUAGGCAUAACAAUGAUUGGUACGUGUGAGGCAAUGAAUUUAGGUAUUAAAUUGGGCCUAGAUCCUAAACUUCUUACAAAUAUAAUCAAUGUAUCUACAGGAAGAUCUUGGUCAUCAGAUACAUACAAUCCUGUACCUGGUGUUAUGCCAAACGUACCAUCAUCAAAAGGAUAUGAAGGAGGUUUUAGUGUACCCCUAAUAGCGAAGGACUUGGGUUUGGCAGAAGCUGCAGCUUUAAGUUGUGGUACUCCUCUUUUAUUAGGUGCCUUAACACAUCAAAUAUACCGUGCUCUUAUACUGAAUGGUUAUGGAGAUAAAGACUUUGCAGUUGUGUAUGAAUUUUUGAAAGGGCAAAAUAAAUAACUGGACAAAAAAUUUCUCGAUUAAACUCUUUUUUAUAUUCAAUAUACAUAUAUACAUACCUUUCAAGGUUACUGCUGUAAAAUAAAUCAUUUAUUUUUUUAUUUAAUAUGAACAAAAAUAAAUAUUAUCACACAUUAUAUUGAAACUAUAUGUUGAACCAUGUAUCAGUUUUGUAUUUUGUAUCAAUAAAUUUUAUUUACUUAAAAA